UAGCGAGCUCCACCAUUCCCUUUCUUCGCAAUCCACUACACCAGACCAAUCCCCAACCACGCGUAACAUACACCACAAUGUCCAAAGGCAGCACCGCCCUCCUGGCCGCCCUGGCCAACCGCCGAUCCUACUACGCGCUGCGCCGCGAAUCGCCCAUCGCGGAUAGCAAAAUCCAGUCCAUCCUCGGCUCGGUCAUGCACAAAACGCCGUCCGCAUUCAACUCGCAAACCACGCGCACCAUCCUCCUCCUCAACCAAGAGCACGAGAAACUCUGGAACAUCACCAAGGACGUGUUGUUGGGGCUCAUCGGGCCCGAGGCAUUCAAGAAAACCGGGCCAAAGCUGGACGGCUUCAAGGCCGCGUACGGCACCGUCCUGUUCUAUGAAGAUCAGCCUGUGGUGGAGGACCUGAAGGCGAAGUUCCCUCUCUAUGCGGAUAACUUCGAGCCCUGGUCCGAGCAUACCAGUGGGAUGCAUCAGUUGAUGGCGUGGGUUGCGUUGGAGGAGGAGGGGUUCGGUGCCAAUCUGCAGCAUUAUAAUCCUAUCAUUGACGAGAAGGUCGCGGCCAACUGGAAUGUGCCGGCGAGUUGGAAGAUGAGGGCCCAGCUUGUGUUUGGUGUUCCGGAUGAAGGCAGGCCGGCGGAGAAAGAGAAGAUGCCGCUGGGCGAGUUGAUGAAGGUUUAUGGGGCUAAGAUUUGAGCAAUCUGUUUUAGAUGUUAUAGACAUGUAGCACAGCGAUUAGAGAUUGCGCAUUCGAUAGAGAGUCAUAUAACGAUUAUCAGAUCUUUCUAUCUCCAACCCAGACCCGUCUGCGAUCACCAGCGCCACCAAGUGCACCGAGAGCCCCCAAGGCUCCCGACUUUUUCACGACACCAAAAUCCAUUCCUGCAUACGCUGAGGGUGGCAUCCAGGCCGCUAGUUCUGUCUAAGGGUUAAACACAUAAACCAUGAGGGCGUUAUAAGACCAUGGAGUCAACGUUCACUCACCAUCCGCUUUAGCCUCGCUACUCUCCGCAGUAUCAUACC